AACCCCGAGCCGUCCUCGAAGCCGUCGUCACUAACACAGAGCGAAGCAGCAGUAACUGACGUCGCCGCCGAUUACCAUGGGCGAAGACGGACGACGGUCAUCGGCGCAGAUGGGUCUGCGCGAUCUGGUGAUGGGACGCCCCGCCUGCGCGGCGCCGGGAUCGUCGUCCUCCUCCUCCAACCCCCUCAGGUCCUUGGCCGACGCCCUCAUCGGUUACUCCCCCAAAUCUGAGGUUGUUCCUUUAUCAACAGUUCCAGGAGAUGAGAAUGAGAUCGACCUAGAUCAGGGAUCUACCAGAAGCAUCAAGGGCGCCGACUUUGUUAAUGGUCAUCAUGGAGAUGCUUGUGGUGAUAAUUUUCAAACCUCAAUUCUUUCAGUUCCUGAACUCAGAGGGAUGGGGCCUGACCUUCAAGAGUUGGAGCAAAUUGAUAGGGCUACUAGCAUGAAUUUGAAUCCCAAACUCGGCAAGUUUCAACACUGACGUGAUUCUAAAUAUUGUUAGUUAUGUCAAUGCAUGGAAUAAAACUGACACAUCCAAUAACUCAAUUAAGCUGAUUACUCUGCAUCAGGUUUUGCUCGAUUAUGCACCUUUCUAUAACUCAUAAUUUAUGGCCUAUUAGCUUAUAUGGUUGAACUGGAUGCCUUUUUCUAUCUUCCUUCUUUC